AGAGGGUAAUCACGUGGUCAAAAAAACCAUGUGGCAUGUAAACAAGAAUUUAAAAGAUUUUUAUUUGUAAGUUGCUUGUAAAAUAGAAUAGUGUUUUAAUUUGUAAUUAAUUAUCGAAAAACUUUUUUCUCAGUAAAUAUGGUAAACAUAUCUUUAAAGAUAACCUCGAAAUGCGUACUUGCAUUUAAAUGAUGAAAUCGGUGAACAUAACCUCUGCGCAGUAUCAAAAAUAUAAUGUUAUAAAAUUAAACUGCAACAAUAAAGCUGCCAUAACUUUGAAACAAAGUUAUUAUCACACAGAAAUUCAGUGCCAAUGUUCGAAAAAGUGAGAUAAUGAAGAUGAUGUUAAAUACACUACACAGAACGUUUUGCGUGAACAACAGAACAGUGAUGAAAAGUUUAUCAGUCACUUCUGUCACUGAAGUUCGCAAAAUUUCUACUUAUAAAAAAUGUUAUUCAACGUCAUAUACAGUUCCAGAAUAUAAUCAAUUCAUAGCUGUCGAUAAACUAGACAUUCAGAAUCUGUAUAAUUUUCGAAAAUCGCGAAAUUACUUGAUGGAGACUGGAAACUACGACCACACUUCUACCAGAAAGUUGAAUAUUUCUGAAUUUUUGCACCCAGAGACUAUCCAGAGUAUAAGACAGAUGGAUUGGUCUUAUUUAACAUCUUCGGAAAUUCUUAGGAACUUUAGGCUUCUCUCUAUUAACGCCUUCCAAACAACAAACGAAGAAAUAACUGAUGAGGUCUAUCGUGCAAUUGUCUCGGUAGUGACUGCAAAGUGCUGGAAAUUUAGUGAUCAUGAGUUGCACACUCUGUUGAAAUAUUUGGAAUUGUGGUCGAGUAUCGAAAAAGUUCGAAAUCCAAAUAAUCCUGCUCGUAAACUGUUCGAGCAGAUAGACAAAGAGUUUGAUAAGCGAUCACGCAAUUGGACUGUAGAUAAAACUUUGAUGUACUGCGAUACUGUCUGUAGAGUUUUCAGCUUCCACUCCAGCUUCGUCUCGAAUUCGUUGAACAGAAUAACGAUGAAUCCUUCCACAUUAAGUCAUACAAAUAUAGUACAGAUCAUGUACUACCUCUUUGUUUAUGGCAUACCAAAAUCGCGAGUGAUGCAGUUGGAACCCUAUAUUGAAGAUCAUUUUGAUAAAUUCAAAGCUGAAGAGCUAGGAAUAAUUUGCUUAGGCUACUUUAGAACACAAGUUCAUAUUACCAGCGACACACUUCUGUGUAAGCUUAUGCAAAAAGUAAUUGAUGACGUGGACAGCAUCACUAGCAAUGAAAUGGGAGCAUUUUUCAAGGCGAUUCGCUAUAGUUUUCUAUCAAAGCCUCAUUGUGUGCAGAAGUGUGAGGAAUUAUUGGAAAAGCUAGUUCCAAGAGUGCCACAUAUGGCCGAACCAGUGUUAACACAUUUAUCGCACUUAGUGGCCGAUUCUCAAAUUUGUAAUCCGAGAUUAUUAACUGCUAUUAUAGAAAGGUUCUCAGAAAGUUUAGAAAAAAUGAGAUUAAAAGAUUUCGAACGAAUUAUUUUUCUCAUGACAUCCUUCAAUAUUCCUCCAACCGAGCCUCUAUACGAUCUCAUUGUUAAAGAACUUGGAAGUCCUCGCAGAAAACACGAAAUAAGAAAUUUUCCGAGAGAAUUCGGCUUCGCUCUCAGACACUUGGCUGUAGCUAAUAUCUAUCCACUGCAUUUGAUUUCUACUUUCUUGAGUCGCGAACACGUGAACCUAGCAUAUGGACCAAAUCCUCAUGAUUUAGGAGUCGAGUAUCUGAUUUUAGACCAAAGCAUCGAAAUAGAAGUUCCCUUAUACAAUGGUCCGAGAAUUGAAAGUACAAUUUGCAAUAUCUUAGCAAAGAAGUACAACAAUGUUGCAGCAUCUCGCAGUUUUGGAAACCAGUCCAAGCAACGAAUUGUUGAAAUUCUCAAUAAUCGCAUAUUCGUUGGUGAACAUGCCGCCUGUUUACAGAAAAUAUUGCCGCACUUUUCUCAAACAGACAUAAUCCUUUGUCUGGAUGAGGAUAAUAAUACGAUUCCACCUAAGCCAAUAUUAAGGGAUAUAAACUCGCAUAUUAAAAGAGUGCCAGAGGAGUUCAAAAAUCGAAAAUGGAUUGCAAUAAUUUUUGCUACGGAAACUCUCUUGAUCAGAGGGACUAAUCAAUUUACUGGAAACCUUUGUGCAAAAAUCAGACAGUUGAAGAAAGUGGGUUAUGUGCCUAUAGUGGUACCUUAUGUGGAGUGGAAGAUAUUAUAUACUGAUUUAAAGAAAUAUGAAUACCUUAGACAAAAAAUUUUGGAUUCCACUCACACGCAGACAGAAAAAAAAAAUUGUGUUGAAAAACCAGUAAAAAAAUCUUGCGCGUUGUAGUAAAUCUAAUUUGUAAAAAAAUGUACAUACAUAGUUCGUUUUGAGCAAUAUAUUUAUCUUAUCUUAAA